CCACGGAGUGCGCGUGUGCUCAAGUUAACUUCAGGAGCGUAAAUUAAAGGGGAAAACACGGCUAGUGCAAGUCAGCGUUCCUCGGAGUUUGGGUUAUAGUGGUGAUCUGUCGGUUGGAGCGUUCCGCUCCGGUGCGGCCGGUGCAGCUCUCAUGAACUUAGGGAGGACUUCCCCGCGAGCUUCACUGACAGCGCGUGCACUGACUGGCGCGAGCUGUUUCUCGCGCUUCACGCAGCCCGACCACUUGAAUAUUUUUGGAUGAGCAUGUCAACAGAGUGAAUGCGACCGGACCUUCUGGAGAGUUUGGAAAUCGUAGCAACGCACAACUCAUAAGAGUGUCUGGACUGUAGUCGAGGGGAGUGGAAGUACAACUGAUGGAGAAUACACAGGAGCUGAAUGAACAGAGCGUGAAGAAAUCUACCACUGAUUCUCAUGCUCCAGACCCAGUAGGCAACAGGGCCUUGGAGAUGCAGGAUCUAACAGACCUGCAGCACUCUGUUAACAGUGGCAGUGACGGCACGUCCAAACUGGACAAAAAUAUCCUCAGCAACAACAUCACGACCAAUGGAACUGGAGUUAAGUCUGAGCCUCUGAACAGCAGCGAGGCUGUGAACUCGGCAGGAGACACUGGGCUGGACACUUACACUGGGUCAGUUAUAAGCAGCAGUGGAUUCAGCCCUCGGCCAGCUCACCAGUAUUCACCUCCUCUCUACCCCUCAAAGCCUUACCCCCACAUUCUUUCUACUCCCGUGGCUCCUCCCAUGUCGGCCUACACGGGCCAAUCACAGUUCACUAGCAUGCAGCAGUCCACAGUUUACACACCCUACUCUCAAACUACUCCACCCUACGGCCUCUCCACCUAUGAUUUGGGGGUGAUGUUGCCAGGCAUAAAGACAGAAGGAGGGCUGACACAAACCCAAUCAACCCUCCAAUCAGGGCUCAGCUAUAGCGCUGGAUUUACCACUCCUCAGCCCGGACAGACAGCAUAUUCACCCUAUCAGAUGCCAGCAGCGUCAGGUUACACAACCUCUCCUGGUCUCUACACAUCCAACAACUCCAAUCCAGGCAACUUCACCACACAACAGCAGGAAUAUCCCUCCUAUACAGCUUUUGGGCAGAAUCAGUAUGCUCAGUAUUACUCCACCUCCUCCUACGGUUCUUACAUGACAUCUAACAGCUCAUUGGACGGCACAGUUUCAGUCUCCACCUAUCAGCUGCAAGACUCCACCCCUAUCAUGACAGGACAAGCGGCUGACCUGAAUCCAGGUGAGUUUGAGGCGGGGCAGAGCCCAUCCACACCAAUCAAGGAGAUGGAGGACCGGGCGUGCAGAGGAGGUGGGGCUAAAGCAAGGGGGCGGGGCAGAAAGAACAACCCAUCCCCACCACCUGACAGUGACCUUGAGAGGGUGUUUGUUUGGGAUCUGGAUGAGACUAUUAUUGUGUUUCACUCACUCCUCACAGGCUCUUUUGCACAGAAGUACGGCAAGGACCCUCCUUUGGCUGUGACUCUUGGUUUAAGAAUGGAGGAGAUGAUCUUCAAUCUUGCCGAUACACAUCUAUUUUUUAAUGAUUUAGAGGAGUGUGACCAAGUGCACAUUGAUGACGCCUCUUCAGAUGAUAACGGACAGGACCUCAGUACUUACAGCUUUGCCACUGAUGGCUUCCAUGCAGCUGCAACAAGCGCAAGUCUCUGCCUAGCAACCGGUGUUAGGGGCGGAGUCGACUGGAUGAGGAAGUUAGCUUUCCGAUACAGAAGAGUCAAAGAGUUGUACUGCAGUUACAAAAACAAUGUGGGAGGGUUGCUGGGACCGGCUAAGAGGGAGGCGUGGCUCCAGCUGAGGGCAGAAGUUGAGGCUCUCACAGACUCCUGGCUGACCACUGCGCUCAAGUCCCUGUCAAUCAUCAGCUCCAGGAGUAACUGUGUUAACGUCUUAGUGACAACGACACAGUUAAUACCUGCGCUGGCUAAAGUGCUGUUGUAUAGCCUGGGCUCAGCGUUUCCAGUUGAAAACAUUUACAGCGCAACCAAAAUAGGCAAAGAGGGUUGCUUUGAGCGCAUAAUGCAGAGGUUUGGCAGGAAGGUAGUGUAUGUUGUAAUUGGGGAUGGUGUAGAAGAGGAGCAGGCCGCUGCCAAGCACAACAUGCCCUUCUGGCGGAUAUCCAGCCACUCUGACCUGCUUGCCCUCCAUCAAGCACUGGAAUUCGAGUACCUGUAACACUCGACACCUGUAUCAUAGGCCUUUUUUGUACAACUAUUUAAGAACAAGAGUACACUGCAAUCUCUUUUUAUGUUGUUGUUGUCUUUUUGAUUAUUUUUAAGAAAACUCUGGCUUUUAAGAUAUUUCUGCACUGUCUUAAGAAGACUAGGACAGACUAGGAUGAGGGAAAAUGGGAUUUUAAUGGUUAAACCAGGCUUGUAAAGAGCUUACUAAGGUCUUACGUCACACACACUGCAUUUCAUGUCUGAAUGAGGUGAGUUCUUCGUCUUGAAACCACAUAUAUCCUCACUCAUCUACAGGAAUUACAUUAUCUCUGUCUAUACGGUAGACUUCAUCUCCACUUAAAUGAUUCAAGCGCUGUACUCUAAUCAAGGAUCAUUUAGAAUAGACACAUAACUCAUGUAAAUUAUUUUACAGUAACUAGAUUAAACACUAAAGGACGCUGUGUUUUCUCACAUGGUAUCGGUUUGAUUUUGUGUUUUUUGUAAGUUUUUGGCAAAAAAGUCUGUGUAUAAUUUGUUGUGCCUUAUAAGAUGUUUUUGUGUGUCAGUUUUUAUUUUGAGAAUGUAUGUAGAUAAACAAAAAAUGUAAACAUUUGAGUUGUCUAUUUUCUAAAUGUAAAAAAAAAAUCAUUUCAUUUGCUUUCAAUACUGGUGCCUCUGAAGAAAUCAAAAGAUGUUUUUUUUUAUUUUGGUGAGGAAACAUUCAUUUGUAUUUUGGUGUAAGUCAUGACAGUUGGAAAGAACAGCAAAAUAAAAGUCGAGCAUCAGGGGGAAUUUAAUAAAGCUGUAGUUUCAUUCUGACUGACCAUUAGUUGCAAAGCCAUAAGCAGGAAUAGUGCUGAGUUUUCUUCACAGAAUGCAGCUCCAAAUU